AUGUUCGACUGUGGAUUCCAACAACUGUCAAAUAUCGUGAAUCCAGCCGGCAAUGUUUUGGAUCUUGUAUUCACAAACAGGUUCUACGAAAUGUCGUUGAUUGAAUCGACAAGGCCAUUGGUAAAAUCGGACAUUUGGCACAAAGCACUCGAAAUGGAAGUGACAAUUGAUGAAAAUGAGAUCACAUCACCGCAGUUUUCACAAAUUUAUGCGUAUAACUCGGCCGAUUUCGAUGCGAUGAAUUCAUUCUUCGUUGGAAAUCACAUUUUGUCAGAAAUUAAUCGAAUAGAUGACCUCGAGAAUGCAUUUCACAUUUUUGGAAAUGUUCUACACGAGGCGAUCGAUUCAUUUGUCCCGAGGAUAACCGUUCAAAGUGGCACUGAUCCACCAUGGUACACGAAACAAUUGAAGCACAUGAAAAAUGUCAGAAGAAAAGCAUACAAGCAAGCAAGGCAGACUGGCAAUUUCGACGAAUACAAUAACAUCACGGAUUCGUUCAUCCAAUUACAAAGUCAGUUAUUCAAAUCGUACAUCAGCCGCAUACAAUCACAAAUCAAAUCAAAUCCAAAACACUUUUGGCGAUUUGUGAAUGAUCGAAGGAAACGGAGCGAUAUUCCAGCUAUCGUUGAGUAUAAUGAUGUGACAGCGAAUACCGACACAUCGAAAGCGGAAUUAUUCGCUGAUUUUUUCGAAAAUCAGUACACACGAAGCGACAUUAUCGACUUGGAUGAAUUGCUGGAUGAAUGUGGAGACGUAUCAUUUGACUUUGAAAUCACUGAAGCCGAUGUGUUAAAGGCAUUGCAAUCCAUUGACGCGAACAAAGGAGCCGGUCCAGAUGGAAUAUCACCGAAAGUGUUGAAGAACUGCGCACACUCAUUGUCGAAACCGUUAACAGCGCUAUUUCGUAGAUCAUUUCAACAAGGAUGUGUUCCAGAUGCAUUGAAAAAGUCCAGAAUUGUGCCAAUUUACAAGGCUG